CGUCUCUCGCUGAAAUCUCAUUUUGCUAUGUGAAGAUGUUGCUCUCUCAAGCUACAAGGUACGCCUUCCUUCAGUUUCCUCUCUUUCUUCCAUCAUCUUCUUCUCGCUUCCUUAUCCAUUUACCUCGUACCUUUUGUCUCAACUUCCUCCUACAUUCCCAUUCUUCAAAUUCUAACGACAUCACAGAUGUGGUUGAUUCAUUCAAUCGGACGCUUUGUAAGCGUCCCCCUCCCUCCAUCUUUGAAAUUAACAAAAUGUUGGGGGCCAUUGCCAAAAUGAAGCGUUAUCCCACCGUUAUUUCUCUUUGUUCUCAGGUGCAGUUGAAGGGUUUCACUCCGUCUUUAGCUUUUCUAGCUAUUUUGAUCAACUGUUACGGCCACGUGGGUCAGAUGAAUUGUGCUUUCUCCGUAUUGGGGAAGAUUUUUAAGAUGGGUUUUCAACCGAAUACUAUAACUUUAACUACACUAUUGAAGGGACUCUGUAUCAACAACAUGAUUGGGGAAGCAUUGGAUUUCCACGAUGAGGUAAUUGCAAAAGGAUAUUUUUUGGAUGAAGUUAGUUACGGCACAAUAAUCAAUGGAUUAUGUAAGGUGGGGAAAACCAGAUGUGCUGUCAAAUUACUCCAGAAGCUGCCUGGACUUGGAAUGAAGGCUGACGUAGUUAUGUACAGCACAGUCAUGGAUGGUCUUUGUAAAGAGGGAUUUGUGAGAGAGGCACUUGAUUUGUUCUCAGAAAUGAUUGACAAUGGAAUAUUUCCCGAUACUAUUGCAUACACCACUCUCGUGGAUGGAUUCUGCAAAAUCCAGCAAUGGGAAGAAGUUACUGAAUUGCUCAAUGAUAUGUUUCGAAGAGGUAUCAACAUGGAUGUGACCACCCUUACUACAUUCGUGGAUGCAUUUUGUAAAGAAGGAAGGAUCAUAGAAAGUCAAGUCAUGUUUGCCAAAAUCAUGAAGUAUGGUCAUAAGCCUAAUGUCAUUUCCUAUAACAGCUUAAUGAGUGGAUAUUGUAAGGUCAAUAAUGUAAAGGAAGCAAUUGAAGUAUUUAAUAAAAUGAUUAAAAGUGGUUUGAGGCCAAAUGUGUUGAGUUAUAACGUUUUGAUUGAUGGGUGUUGUAAGAAUAAAAGAUUGGAUGAGGCCAUGUAUCUCUUUAAGAAAAUGCGUUCAAGAAAUUUGGUUCCCAGCAUAGCAAGUUAUAAUUGUCUGAUUGACGGCUUUUGCAAAGCAGGAAGAAUCUCAUUUGCUCGUGAUCUUCUUGUUGAGAUGCAUCACAGAGGUCAUCCUCCUAAUAUAAUCACUUAUAAUAUCUUGAUACAUGCAUUAUGUAAAAGGCAGGAUAUUGAUCGAGGAAUUGCAUUAUUUCAACAUAUUGUCGAAAAGAAUAUUCAACCUACAGUUCGCACUUACAAUAUUCUCAUGGAUGGUUUGUGCACUAGUGGAAGAUUAAAUAAGGCAAGAGAGAUUUUUCAAUAUCUUUUGAUGGAAGGUCGGCAUCUAGAUGCUCUGUCCUAUGCUAUUAUGAUCAAAGGACUUUGUAAAGAGGGUUUGUUUGACGAGGCAAAGGCCCUCCUUGAUAAAAAAAUGGAAGACAUCGACUGCAUCCUAGACACGCCAACUUUUACUACAAGGUACGCCUUCCUUCAGUUUCCUCUCUUUCUUCCAUCAUCUUCUUCUCGCUUCCUUAUCCAUUUACCUCGUACCUUUUGUCUCAACUUCCUCCUACAUUCCCAUUCUUCAAAUUCUAACGACAUCACAGAUGUGGUUGAUUCAUUCAAUCAGACGCUUUGUAAGCGUCCCCCUCCCUCCAUCUUUGCAAUUGACAAAAUGUUGGGGGCCAUUGCCAAAAUGAAGCGUUAUCCCACCGUUAUUUCUCUUUGUUCUCAGGUGCAGUUGAAGGGUUUCACUCCAUCUUUAGCUUUUCUAGCUAUUUUGAUCAACUGUUACGGCCACGUGGGUCAGAUGAAUUGUGCUUUCUCCGUAUUGGGGAAGAUUUUUAAGAUGGGUUUUCAACCGAAUACUAUAACUUUAACUACACUAUUGAAGGGACUCUGUAUCAACAACAUGAUUGGGGAAGCAUUGGAUUUCCACGAUGAGGUAAUUGCAAAAGGAUAUUUUUUGGAUGAAAUUAGUUACGGCAUAAUAAUCAAUGGAUUAUGUAAGGUGGGGAAAACCAGAUGUGCUGUCAAAUUACUCCAGAAGCUGCCUGGACUUGGAAUGAAGGCUGACGUAGUUAUGUACAGCACAGUCAUGGAUGGUCUUUGUAAAGAGGGAUUUGUGAGAGAGGCACUUGAUUUGUUCUCAGAAAUGAUUGACAAUGGAAUAUUUCCCGAUACUAUCACAUACACCACUCUCGUGGAUGGAUUCUGCAAAAUCCAGCAAUGGGAAGAAGUUACUGAAUUGCUCAAUGAUAUGUUUCGAAGAGGUAUCAACAUGGAUGUGACCACCCUUACUACAUUCGUGGAUGCAUUUUGUAAAGAAGGAAGGAUCAUAGAAAGUCAAGUUAUGUUUGCCAAAAUCAUGAAGUAUGGUCAUAAGCCUGAUGUCAUUUCCUACAACAGCUUAAUGAGUGGAUAUUGUAAGGUCAACUAUGUAAAGGAAGCAAUUGAAGUAUUUAAUAAAAUGACUAAAAAUGGUUUGAGACCAGAUGUGUUGAGUUAUAACAUUUUGAUUGAUGGGUGUUGUAAGAAUAAAAGAUUGGAUGAGGCCAUGUAUCUCUUUAAGAAAAUGCGUUCAAGAAAUUUGGUUCCCAGCACAGCAAGUUAUAAUUGUCUGAUUGACGGCUUGUGCAAAGCAGGAAGAAUCUCAUUUGCUCGUGAUCUUCUUGAUGAGAUGCAUCACAGAGGUCAUCCUCCUAAUAUAAUCACUUAUAAUAUCUUGAUACAUGCACUAUGUAAAAGGCAGGAUAUUGAUCGAGGAAUUGCAUUAUUUCAACAUCUUGUCGAAAAGAAUAUUCAACCUACGGUUCGCACUUACAAUAUUCUCAUGGAUGGCUUGUGCAGUAGUGGAAGAUUAAAUAAGGCAAGAGAGAUUUUUCAAUAUCUUUUGAUGGAAGGUCGGCAUCUAAAUGCUGUGUCCUAUACUAUUAUGAUCAAAGGACUUUGUAAAGAGGGUUUGUUUGACGAGGCAAAGGCCCUCCUUGACAAUAAAAUGGAAGACACCGACUACGUCCUAGACACGACAACUUUUACAGUUAUUAUUGGACAUCUUCUUGAUAAAAAUGAGGAUGAUGAGGCAGAGAAGCUUCUUCGUAAGAUGAUUUCUAAGGGUCGUUAAAAUGAAACAGGGUGAGACCCUCUAUUGUUUGUUUGUUAUUGAAGUUGUGUAUCUUACUAUUGUUGAUGUUCUGUUUAAGCCAUGU